UUCAUUUUCACCUUUGCCUUAGAUUAAUUUAAUUUUCCCCAAUGUGCAAUCCUUCAUUUUCUACUGUAGUUAUCAUGGAGCAACCACACCAUGAUUCGCCUCCUCCCGCCGCCGCCGCGAUGCCAGUUUCCGAAAAUGAUGCGGUGGCUGUGGCUGUGGCUGAUGAUGCUGAUGCUGAUGCUUCCAACCACAAAGACGUUGAACAGAAAUUCGAUGUUCCGAGGGAACAAGUUACACAGAUUCUGCAAGCUAUUGCAUCCACUGGGAAAUUCUGGCAUGAGUGGGAUAAUUUGAAGAGCAUGCUAUCGUUUCAGCUGAAGCAGGUGUUGUCAGAGUACCCUGAGGCAAAAGUUACUACUGAGGAGCAAUAUGCUUCAUUAGGAGAAUCCUACUUUGAGUUAGUCCACAAAUUGGAUGAAGAACUUACAUGUUUUAUUGAUGGCCCACCAUUCACGUUGCAAAGGCUUUGUGAGAUCUUAUUGGACGCAAAAAGCAUUUAUCCAAAUCUUUCAAAGCUUGCUUUAGCUCUUGAAAAGAACUUGUUAGUUACAUCUACACUGGCAAUCUCCACUGAUCCAUGCCCACAAGUUACAGUACAAGAGACAAAUGAGCAGGAGAAUGCCAGCGAGAAGCAGGAGCACCAAUGUGAAAAGCAGGAGCACCAAUGUGAAAAGCAGGAGCACCAAUCCGAUAGUGCCCAAAAUGGCAUUGAGCCUUCGGUAGCCACCGACAAGGAUGAAGUAAUGGCUGAGGCUGAGGCUGAUACGCGGGAUGAUAUGACCGUUGACACAGAAGCUUUUGAAGAUGCUAAACCACCAGAAACAAUUUCUGAGCCCAAUUCUGAGACAAAUUCUAAUAGUGCAUGAGUUUUGUGGUUACUGUAAACUCUGAUGAGCAUAGACUCAGAUGUUUUCUCUUGGUGAGCUUCCAGUGCUGUGGAUGGAACUUGGUCGUUGUUUCAUGGUGCUUUCAUCACUGACAUGGUAAUCCUUGGUGCUUAGAAUUUAGCAACUCUUGAAAUCAGGACGAGGUUUCUGUCUGUGUUGACACUGCUUGUAUUGGUGGCAUGAGCUUGAAAUACUACACUGUAGAUCUGUUUAUUUAAUCUGUGCUCUGAAGUUAAAUUCACAAACUUAUUUUGAACUUUCCAA